UAUUAUGGUUAAGUGUCUAUUUUUAAAAUCUUUUCGAAGAAUUACCUGUAAAAUCGUUUUCUGAAAUCCAGAACUUCACUGUAGUCUAUAUUUUGUUCUUUUUGUCAUUUUGAGAUUGACAACCUCGUAGAGACUACUGGAAUAUGAUUGGUUGAAAGCGUCCGCGUGGAGACCGUGUAUAUUCCAUAUUAGAAGAUUAUGGCAUCUGAAGCGGAUAAAGUUGCUAAAGAAGUUCAAAAAUCAUCAAUUGAUGACGAUGAAGACAUUGUUAAUCCAUGGGAUGUUGUUAGUUCAUCUGCUAAAGGAGUAGAUUAUAGUAAACUAAUAAAACGGUUUGGAAGUACCGAAAUUGAUAAAGAGUUGAUAGACAGAAUGGUAAAAUUAACAGGGAAACCGACUCAUCACUUCCUGCGAAGGGGCAUCUUCUUCUCUCACAGAGAUAUGCACCAGAUACUUGACCUAGUUGAAAAGAAGAAAGGGUUUUAUUUGUACACAGGGAGAGGACCAUCUUCAGAAUCUAUGCAUCUGGGUCAUCUUAUUCCGUUCAUAUUUACAAAAUGGCUUCAAGACACCUUUGAUGUUCCUCUUGUGAUCCAAAUGACCGAUGAUGAGAAAUUUCUUUGGAAAGAUCUGACAAUUGAAGAAACAAACCAACUUGCCCAUGAGAAUGCCAAAGACAUCAUUGCAUGUGGCUUUGACAAGGACAAGACAUUUAUCUUCAGCGAUGUAGAAUACAUUUCAGAGAGCACAGAAUUUUACAAAAUGAUGUGCAAAAUACAGAAACUUGUCACGUUCAAUCAGGUGAAGGGAAUCUUUGGAUUCACAGAUAGUGACAGUAUUGGUAAAAUCAGUUUUCCUGCCAUUCAAGCCACGCCAAGUUUCAGUUCUGCGUUUCCUCAGAUAUUCAGAGGAAAGAAAGACGUACCUUGUCUUAUUCCGUGCGCCAUUGAUCAGGAUCCAUAUUUCCGCAUGACUCGUGAUGUAGCACCACGACUGGGUCUUCUUAAACCAGCAUUGCUUCAUUCCACUUUCUUUCCUGCAUUACAAGGAGCCCAUGGUAAAAUGAGCGCAAGUGAUCCAAAUUCAUCUAUAUUUUUAACAGACACCGACGAACAAAUUAAAACAAAGAUCAAUAAAUAUGCGUUUUCUGGAGGAAAGCCAACUGAAGAGGAGCACAGAAAGUAUGGUGGCAACUGUGACAUCGAUGUGUCUUACCAAUAUCUGACAUUCUUCAUGGAUGAUGACGAUAAAUUAGCCGAUAUUAAAUCCAGAUAUUCAAGUGGUAAAAUGUUAACAGGAGAGCUGAAACACGAAUUAACUACUGUUCUCCAGAAGCUUGUUGGAGAACACAGAAAGAGACGACUAAACGUCACAGAUGACAUCGUCAAUGAAUACAUGAAAUCUAGAAAACUGAAAUUUGACUACUAAUUAAGUAAAAAAAACAUUAAAAAACCAUUGUAUUCCUUACAUUUAACUAUGUUUCGCUUUAACAGAAAGCUGCAUAUUCAUAAAUCAUUGUAUUUUGUGAAGAGUAGAAAAGCAUACGGUUUUUUUCAAAGAUAUCAUUAAUGAUAUCAAGAAAACUACAUUGCGGAUGUAUCUUAAUAUUUAAAUGCAUGUUUUAAUUCUAUUAAUGACCAACAAAAUAGUUGAUAUCGAAAUGUUAACAUCUUGUAGUGAUUUUCUGUCUCUUCCAAUAUUUUACUUGAUUUCCACAUUAAAUAAACUUUAAUGCGUAGUUAAAAUGGUUUUGAGAAAUAUUUUAUAUAAUUUUGAUUUUUAAAGAACAAUAAAAAGUUAUGCGUAUGA